GAGGUGGCUACCACUGUAAAGCUAGCAGGUUAAACGAUUCGCAGCGGGCACAGUAACGGUGUUAGUUUAAUUUUGUAAAUUUCCAGAAUCUAAUUCAUCAACAACUACAUCUGAUUUAUGAAAGAAUAUGUGACAAUUUAGACGCAUGAUAACUAGCUAAUGCUAACAUGCUGUCUGAACUAUUACAAGGCACGGAUAGUGGUGGCUUGCUUGUAAUACAAGACACGUGUAGAUACUCUGGAAGAGACCUUUUAAGGAGCUUCAUCAGUGCUGCCUUGAGCAGGGGCGAUGUUGUACAUGUCCUUGGAUUUGAUGUAGACGAAGAAGAACUGAAAGAUGGACUGAAAACACCAGACUCUCAGGCGCUGCACAUACACAGUGCAUAUGCAGACCCACUUGGGUGGAACGACCACUCGGCUUUCACCGUUAACAACUUUAAUUUGGAGGAACUCACAAAUCUGGUCAAACAAACAUCUGACCUGAAACCGGCCACACUAGUCAUCGAUUCGCUAUCGUGGGUAUUGAGGCAUGUGGCUCCGCCUGCUGUUUGCAGCAUACUUCACCAACUCAGAAAAGGGGGAGCUGUGAGAACUGUUAUCGCCCUGCUCCAUGCAGAUUUGCACCAGAGGGGCACCGUGGGGAGCCUCAGCCACUUGGCAUCGUCACUCAUCACUGUUGCACCUGGAGUCAGGGCAAAUGAAGCAGUGGCAAAAAUAACAAAGCACUUAAAAUCUGGGAAAGUCAUACAAGAUGAGGAGAUAUUUAGCGUCAACGAGGACCUAACAGUCAUCGUUCACAGCAAACAUCCUGAGCACAAACAGAAUGAUGCAGAGGAGGAGCAGAUGGACCCAACGGCCAACUUGACCUUCAAUCUGCGAUUGUCUGAUUCUGAAGCAGAAGCCAAGAAUAAACUCACACUUCCAUUUGUUUUCAGCAAAGAGAAGAAAACCGCUCUACUUCAUCCAGGUAUGGGUUCUGGGCGGAUUCUCUAUGAACCUGAUGCCAACGAUGACUAUGACCAGGAAGAUCCUGAUGAUGACCUUGAUGUUUAGGAUUAAAGCAUUACUAUGUCUAAUACCGUUAAAUAAACAUUAUUGUCAUGUU